GGGGUGAUUACAAUUUACAAAAAUCUGUCAAAAAAGAAAAGAAAAGAGAAGAGGUGUUCAGUGGCAGUCUGGCUGUGUGUAGGAAGAGCCUUUCCUUUCCCUUUGGCAGUGCCAGUGUUGUCUUUUCUUCUUCCCACUCUUUCUUUCCCAUGCCGGUACGGUCCCUCUUGAUUUAUCUAUCACUCCCAACCCCUUCUUUCCAUUUUUCCCUUCAAUUAUUUACCCCAAUGCCUCUUUCAACAGCUUGUCAGAAUCUUCUUCUGCCAUUGAUUUACUUCUUCUGGUUACUAGGCCACUGUUCUUCACUGUUUGCUCUUUGAUUGGUCUACAUUCUUCACUGUUAAGGCCCCCCCUUUCAAGCUUAAUUAUAUAGUUAUGAUGUUGAAAUAUGAUGGUAAUGAUUCUUUUGACCAUUAAAAGAGAUAAGAUAAAGCAGAGAGAGAAAAAGAAAAAAAAAUUACAAUAAAGCAAGUUUGUUGCUUGGAAACUGUUCAUGCCUCGGGAGUUUUAUUAUUCUUCUUUUACCCGCUUCACGUGUGUAAUGCUGUUGUCCAUUGAAGGGUGUUUCAGUUUCUCAUUGCAGUGAUUUUGGUUUUCUGGUUUCUCUCCAAAGCUGGUUCCUUUUUCCCAAAGGGGUUUUGAAAAUGCCAAUGUUUGAGCCUCAUUGUAAGAGGGGUGGGGUGGAGGGCCAGAUUCUAGAUCUGGACACGGCGGUGAAAGAUGGGGUUUUGGGUGGUGGUGUGGAUACUGGGGUUGUGGGAACUGGGGUUGGUGAAAAAUUGGAUCUUGGGAAAAUGAUUGAAGAGUUGGACCUGUGUGAAGUUCCCUCUGUGUUCAUUUGCCCAAUUUCCCUUGAGCCAAUGCAGGACCCUGUGACCCUUUGCACUGGCCAGACCUAUGAGAGGUGCAACAUUCUCAAAUGGUUCAGUUUGGGGCACUUCACUUGCCCCACCACAAUGCAAGAGCUUUGGGACGGUUCCCUCACUCCAAACACUACCCUCCACCGUUUGAUAUCCACUUGGUUUUCUCAGAAGUACCUUGUGAUGAAGAAGAGAUCAGAAGACGUGCAGGGGAGGGUGUUGGAGAUCGUUGAAACUCUCAAGAAAGUUAAGGGUCAAGCUCGUGUUUCAGCCCUCAAGGAGCUCCAUCAAGUGGUGGCUGCUCACGCUACUGCCCGAAAGGCGUUGGUUGACGGUGGCGGAGUCUCUGUGGUGUCGUCGUUGCUCAGUCCUUUCACCUCGCACACCGUUGGGGCCGAGGUCAUUGGUGUUCUUGUGAGUUUGAGCCUUGAUUGUGAGUCCAAGAGGAGUCUAGUACAGCCUGCAAAGGUUUCACUGAUGGUGGACAUUUUGAAUGAGGGUUCAAUUGAGACGAAGAUCAAUUGCACGUGGCUGAUUGAGACACUGAUUGAAGAGAAGGAUUUUCAGAUGGUGAUUUUCAGGAGCCAUAGCCUUUUGGUUGGAUUGAUGAGGCUUGUGAAGGACAAGAGGCACACAAAUGGAAUCUGCUCUGGACUGAGGCUCCUCAGAACACUGUGCUUGCAUUCAGAAGUUAAGAGUCUGCUAGUGAGCAUUGGGGCUGUUUCUCAAUUGGUUCAAUUGUUGCCUGGUUUGGAGCAUGAAUGUUUGGAAUUGGCUCUUUCAAUUUUGGAUGCAUUGGCAUCAGUCCCUGAAGGCAUAUUAGCUUUGAAGGAUUGUUCUAAUACCAUACCUGUUAUGGUGAAACUGUUGAUGAGGGUCUCAGAGAACUGCACUCAAUAUGCAUUGUCGAUACUAUGGUCUGUGUGCAAUGUUGCACCUGAUGAGUGCUCUUUGAUUGCUGUGGAAGCAGGACUUGCUGCAAAGCUCCUCCUUGUGAUUCAAAGCGGUUGCAAUCCUAUAUUGAAACAACAAUCCACCGAGCUUUUGAAGUUGUGUAGUUUGAAUUAUUCAGAUACAAUCUUCAUUUCCAAGUGCAAGCUUACUAGAACAAUCCAAUGAUCCUGGAUUUUAACCUGGUUGUAUUGUAUCUACAAUCAACAAUUUGUAAAUUUGUAGGCAAGAGAAGCAAAAGACCAGCUACUUCCCACACUACUGAGCUAAUAAAAAGCCCCAAGAGUUGGCAUGGGAAUGCAAAUCACUCAUGUAUAUAUACCUUUUUUCGUGUUUUGAUUCCAACAAUUGAUAUUUGAGUGAAGGACUUGACACAACUCAUGUAUAGAUGAAAGAAAUCUGCUAUUCUUGGAUAAAGAUACCUAGGAGAGGGAUAGCAAUUAAUGUGGAGCUUGUAAUUUCAGUUAUCAUUGUUAAGUUGUUUUGCUCCAUGGCUUCAUUGUAUUGUAUCUUCUUCCCUUUGGGGGUUUUAGAGGCCUCCAAUUUUCCCUUGAGAACACGGGGAUUGACAUCAAACAUGCAGAUGUAGAGCCCCUAUGGCUUUAAAUUUUCAUUAAAUCUGUACAAUGGAAAUAACCAUUCUUAGUA